GACAAUGACUUUUCUUACGACGGCGUUCACGGAGACGGGGUGACGGCGGCUCGACGGCGUGCGGCGUCAAGGGCUUUGGCGAGGGCUGAAGUAAUGAGAAAAUUGUGCGGCGUGCGGUACAAGCGGGACGAGGCGUGUCAAGCAACAGCCUCUGUUGUGGUGCAUCAAGAGUCAAGGUUGGCUGCUUUACAGAGGUGGAGGGGAAAAAAAAGGGCGCAGUCAUGUCCAGGUGCGGCGUGCGGUACAAGUGAGCCGGUGAAACCGUGUAGUGUUUCUCGGUUGUCGCCUGUUGUGUCCUCGCAUAAGCGUGCCAGGGAAGUUGCUUUGCAAAGGCGGGGUGAUAAGAAAGCAAAGGUGUCGUCUUCGGAACGCAAUUCCAUGUCUGCGUCCAGUGGUAAUCGCGCUUCAAAUGCCAUGGUUGGUUCUGUCGCACGUUCUCACACGAUGCACUGCGGGCCUGAUGCUCUAGAACCUGGCUCGCCGGUGAGAAGUAGCUCUGUUGUGAGGCCACCAGCAGUUGUCAACGAUGGACGACAUUUUUUGGGUCGUGUGCCGGCUAUUGCAUACACGUUGCGUGUUCAGCGAGAUUGUCGGUAUUGCGGUGCCAAGAAGAUUGUGUACGAGACGAUCAAAUCUUGUUGUUCUGAGGGUGCGAUAAGGUUGGCCUCUACUCCAGUACCUCAUACUUUGAAGGACCUAUUGCUGUUGAACACUGCCGAGGCUAAAUUUUUUAGAACUUGCAUCAGAACAAUAAAUAAUCAAUUUGCAUUCACAUCCUUGGGGGUCAUGUAUGAUAAAGAAUUGAGCCAACGAAACAACGGUGUGUAUACUUUUAGAAUACAAGGUCAGAUGUACCACUUUCUAAAGGAUUUAGAAUCGUCAAAUAAUUUACAGCUCUAUUUCCACGAUACUGAGAAUGAGGUGUCUAAUCGUAUGAUGGCUUGUCCUCGACUUACAGAAAAUAUCACUGUUAAGGCGACAAUGAAGAAUACCAUGCAAAUUGCGCAGAUUGACGAAAAUGUGAGAGGGUGGACAACAUUGAUUCAAGUUAAGCGAAGUGGCAUACUUGUUAGUCACAGGGAUACUUCAAUUUCUUACCGUAGGUUUACGUUUGUGGACUCUGAGGAUGACCUGCCGGACCAACUUGACUUCAGCAUUGAGUGUCAAAACUUUGGGAAUUUGCAUAGAUUUGUGGACACUGAAGAUCUGCAGACUGUUCAAGGUGUCGUGGUGCACGCCUUUGAACUCAAAGACAUUGGAAUUGACGCGGUAAACAGAGACGUUGUGUUGGUCAAUGAAGAGAUGAUGCCAAUGAUACUUACUCUGUGGAAUGCCUUUGCUGAGAACGAAGGCUCGCAGCUAGCUCAAACCAUUAACGCGGGAAAUGUUGUUGUGGCUAUGCGAGUCAAGGUGACGACGUUCCAUGGCCUUUCGUUGUCCACUAGAGCAGCCAGUUCUAUUCUGAUCAAUCCACCGACCCCCGAUACUGCCACUCUAAAACAGUACUUGCAAAACAAACCAAUUGUGUCGGACCUCAUUGCAAGUGAAGCAUACAAAGACACUGAAAUUUUGCUGCCGCCACCAAGGGAUGAGGACAUCAAGACCAUUGCCACACUUCUCAACCCUAAUAAGAAGAUUCAAACUGCAUGGGUCCAAGGUUCAGUUGCUCUGGGCUAUAUACAACAGCCAUUGUGGUUUGGCGCAUGCAUGCUUUGCUUGAAAAAGUUCGACCUGCCCGUCACCUCUGAAAUAAGGUGCAGCUCUUGCAACAGGGACAGCCAGAUAGUGGCGAGGGCUAGGAUCCCAAUAACCAUUGAAGAUGCAACUGGAACCAUUGCAGCUGCUGUCUAUGGGCAAGACGGUGAAAAGCUUAUCAGCCAUACUGCAGCACAGCUUGAGGAUGCGGAUGCACAGGGCAUGGAUUUAUUGGCGAAGUUUGGGGCCGAGAUGAAGGGGGCUCGUGUGGUGGCUUUUGUCCGGUCUUUUCAGGCAAAUGGCACAGCCUACUCCGUCGUCAAGUUAUAUGUGGAUGCUGAAUUGCCAGACUACAUACUCCCGGUUUCAGACGAAUGCAUAACCCAGGAAUCACCACUUAAGGCUCAGGCUUCGGAAGAGACAGAACUACAGGCGCCAAAUCCUGAGGCGUACAUUAAGGCAGUGGUUGGUGAAACUGUGGGCAAAGAUGCUGAUCUUGCAUGUGAGCCGCUCAUUGGGCGUGCCCUCGACUUCAAAGCUGAUACGCCUGCCAUGAAGAAUGUGGAUGAUCUGCAGCACGGCGAGUGCAGCGGCUCUUAUCCUACAAAGAAAGUUAUCACUGAGCAGCACAUCGUGGGUGCCGUUGUCAAGAAACCACGCACAAGCAAUAUGGCCAAAUUUUCGAUCAAGAGCAAUACGGUGAUGAUGAUGCACAUUCCUGUGGAACCCACGCGACUGUACCGCGUCUUCCGAGUGCACGAUAGGCCGCGCUUGUUUUUAGGAUUCUCGGGAAAACCAAAGAAUGGCUCUCUACGUAUGGUUGUUGCAGAGGACUCAACUUCUUCAAAUACUCAACACCCGUACUCCGCCACUUACACAAACGGUUCGAACAAAAAAAAGGAAAACAAAGACUCUGAUGGUGUUUUUGGCGUUAUUGAACCAAUAAUGCAUACAACAAGCUGCCCGGAGCUUUGUAACUCUUACAUUGAUGUUUCUGAAGUGUUAUCACCUCCUGGAAAUAUUGUCAUAUUUCAUCUGCAGGUGACAAUGAAGGAAAGUAUUCCAAUUGCUCAGAUUGACGAAGGACUUACUAAAUGGACAGCGUUGAUUCAGGUUGUCGAGAGGAGCUGCGUAAUGGUCAAUGAGGGAGAUCCAACUAUCGCAUAUCGCCGCUUUGUAUUUGUCGACUCAGAUGGUACAAAGGUAUCAGCGGUCGCGUGUGACGAUAAUAUUACGCCAUCUUCACCGCUUUUAAUGCCUUUCAAAAAGUACUAUGUGUCUGGGGCCACACUAAAAAAAGCAGAUGAAACAUGCAAAAUUGGCCCUUAUGAGUUUACAUGGACCAUCAAUAACAACACUUCCAUUGACCCCUGUGAGGAUGAAUCGGUGGACCAAAUGUUCUGCCUCAUAGAGUGCCAGAAGUUUACUAAUCUACAUCGGUUUGUAGACACUGAAGAUUUGCAGAACAUUCAGGGUGUGGUCGCAUGCGCAUUUGAGGUGAAGCGAAUUGGAUCGGAAACUAUGAGUAGGGACAUUGUGUUGGUUAAUGAUGAGAGGGUUCCAAUGAUACUCACUCUAUGGAAUGAUUAUGCUAAACAUGAAGGUCACCAGUUGGCUAACACCAUUGAUGCAGGGAAUGUUAUUCUUGCUAUGCGGGUUAAAGUUACAACAUUACAUGGACUUUCGUUAUCAACUAGAAGUACAAGUUGUGUUCUCAACAAUCCACCAACACCAGAGGCUGCCUGCCUCAAGCAAUGGUACCUACAGAACAAGCCAAUUGUUGUAGACCUCAUUGCAACUGAAGCUUACAAAAAUACUUCUGUCUUAUUACCACCGCCACACCCUAAAGACAUCAAUGUGCAAACACUUAUCUGUCCUAAAAAUAAGAUUCAAACAGCAUGGAUAGAGGGUUCAGUGGUUCUUGGCUAUGUGCAACAACCGCUGUGGUUUGGAGCAUGCAUGCAUUGUCUAAAAAAAUUGGAACUGCCAGUCAACACUGAAAUUCGUUGCAGUUCUUGCAACAGAGACAGCCAAAUAUUGGCAAGGGCUAGGAUUCCAAUUACAAUUCAGGAUGGAACCGGUUCUAUUGACGCUGUGGCUUAUGGGCAAGACGCCGAAAAACUCAUUAGAAAUAUGCAGCUGCAGUAUGCAAAUGAACAGGCCGAAAGCUUAAUGCAAAACAUAGGGAAAAAGAUCAAUGGGGCGCAUGUUGUCUGUUUCGUGAGGUCAUUUCAGGCGAAUGGAAUACCAAACUUUGUGGUGAAGCUUUAUGUAGAUGACGAUCUGCCUGAUUACAUAUUGGUUGUUCCAGAUGAGUACGUGACGGAAGAAUGGACGGCAAAUACCCAGCUUGAUAGGGAGGAGAUACAAACCGCAAAACCGAAAUCAUAUAUCCUGGCGCUUGCUGCACAAACUAUGGCCAAAGAUGGUGCUCUUGCAGCAAGGCCACUUGCUAGGCGUUCACUCAACUUCAAGGCUGAUGACAAUAUACUCAACAAUGUGGAACAUUUCAGUGGCGAUGAAGGCAGCGGAAUACAUCUGCCAAGAAAAAAAAACGGCCAUGAAGAAAUUAUCAACAGCACAGUGAAGAAACCGCAUAACAGCUGUUAUAUUCUUCCUCGCACUAUCUCCCACACACGCAACAAUUCGUACGAUCAAAAAACAGAUAAACUUCCCUACGACGAAGACGACGCAGGUUACCUCCCAAUCGACAUCUCACUGCUUCGCUACAGGGACCAAGAAAACUUGCGGACGUCUUUCGCAACUAUCAUCCACUGGUGGUGGCAGGCUUAUAGUCCAAGUGAUGGUGUUUGGGAAGCUUUAUCUGCCGAAAUAGCUUUCGAGUGCUGUCGAGGAAUGCCAGCUGAUGUUGCAGGUUCACAGAUUGUCAAUGAAGCUGUGCAGGUUAAGGGUCUUCGAGAUCACGACAUGACGUGUAUUGUUGUGGAUAUCGAAUGUGAUUAUUUCUGUAAGAAUAUAGAGAGGGAUGAGGAGGAGGUGAGAGUGAUAAAGAUCUCAUUAAUGAUAACGAGAGAGAGAGAGAGAGAAAAGAAGAAGAAGAAGAAGAAGAAGAAGAAGAAGAAGAAGAAGAAGAGAUAUGGAGAGAGACGC